CUGUUCCUCUCGAGCUGAGGAGGAGCAUCUGCGUCAGUGUUCAGGGGAGUGAUGGACGGUCACCAGUUUCCCGUAAAACGCGCGUCCUCCUCCCGCAGACUGAGGUGAAGUGAGGUGCCUGCAGGAGGAGUGCCGGCCGAGGCGCGCCCCGGUGCCCUUGAAGAGAAUCCAGACUGCCGCAGGAGAAAGGGGAAGAGGAGGAGAAGAGAGGAGAGGGUGGAAUAAGCAAGAACAAAUGGACAAGAGGAGGUGAUGGCGCGUCGGAGAUGCUCGGUAGAUGACUGAGGUUUACCGACGGUGUAGUUCAACCCGGUGGUUUACGGGAAAGCAGACUUCCUCUGACGUUUCAAAAUGGAGUCCACUCACCUUCUGGGUGGCGCUAAGAAGAGAGUUAAGAUCCACCCUCAUACUGUCACGGCCAAAUAUGCCACGCACACUCCCUACAGCCCCCAACCUGGAGUGCACACACACUUCCCCCAGCCUGGGGACGACGGCUACGAUGACGCGCCGUCUUUCGAGGACUUUGGCUCGUUCCUGGAGGAGACGUCAGACAGGAAACAGCUGACGGAGGGCAAAAAGUGGCCCCUGACACUGUUCGGCUCCAAAGACAAGGACACGUCCCAUAAACCUCAAGCUUCAGGGGCAGGGGAAGGGAGCGACGGGGGAGCUAAGGCGGCAAAAGGCUCUGGGAAAGGGGUAGGGGAGCAGCUGGCCAGUUUCGGUGAGGCGUCCGUGUCCGCGUCUCGACUCACCUGGGUGGGGCUGCUUGGCGCUGCGCUGGCACAUGGCUGUCUGAUUGUUCUGACCCGGCUGGCAUCUGAACGCUUCAGCCUCGGCCCCCUGUUUUUGCUCCUGGUCCGGUCCAUCGUACAGCUCGCGUCCGUGGCUGUACCGCUGCACAGGGGGGAGAACCCCUUCGGAACGGAGGGCUAUCGACUCCGUCUGCUCGGUUACGGCGUCGCCUACUCCCUCUCCCUUUGUUGCGCCUACUCCUCCCUGACCUACGUGUCUCCAGAAAACGCCACAACAACCUGGCGCUUGGCAACCACUGCGCUAUCGGCGACCCUCGCCUUCCUGCUCUUGGAGGAGAGGCUCGGCAUGGCUGACGGAAUCACCUUGGCUGCGGGGCUUUGUGGUUUGGGCCUUGUGUUACUUCCCACAGCAGAGGAGAGCAAUUCAGAUUCACCGACCGACCCGGUCGUGUUCUGGAGGGGUGCGUUUGGGUGGUCUCUUUCGGCGCUCGCAGGUCUGUGGAUGGCCCUCGCACUGGUCGGGUACCGUUCCCUGAAGGAGAGGGUGGGAGUCGGCACCGCUUUGUUCACCGUGAGCUGGACGGGCUGCCUGCUCGCGCCAGCCUCUUUGGUCUUGCUCCAGGAGGGCUGGUCCUGGCCAACGAGCGUCCCAGCUUGGGGCGUGGUGCUGGCCCUGGUCGCCUGCUCAGUGGCAGCCUUCCUCGGGAUGACGCACGCCCUCACCCGACUCCACCCGGCUCUGGUCUCGGCCUCUCAGAGCCUGGAGGUGCCCGUCGCCAUGCUCCUGCAAGUGGCCGUGCUGCCGCUGGCUCCGACGGCGCCCGAGGUCGUGGGGAACAUGAUGGUCUUGCUGAGCGUCGGUUGGCUGGUCGCAAUGAAGCUGCUCCCCUCGAGAGUUUCCGGCCGGCGUCAGAGGGAGGAGUACGAAGAGAUCCUGGACUCACCCAUCAAAUAGACACGUCUCUCCUCCGCCACAGUCUUUUUCUCCUCCUCCUCACGUCCUCCUUCAUGAAAUUAGCACCAAUGUAUAUAAGAGACAGUUAAAUGUUUACUGGAGGUUUAUCUAUUUUGUAUCGUCCUUUUUGCUUUUGGGAAAGUGCCAAUAUCGUGUUGUCUGUCAUAGUGACUAAGUGAUGUGAUAUUAAAAUAUCUCUGAUGAACACCA